CUGCUCUGCAGAAUCCCGUCUUUCCGAAUGGUGACGUCUUCCAUGAGUAUAAAGAGACCCGCUGCCCGACUCCGAGCCUUACACCGUGCCCUUGUUAUGUCGAAUUAGAAAAUUAAUUACAAGAAAGGAGGCACUUGCUGUUAGCAUUCUGUCAGAUUCCUCGGGCCCACAAUUUAGCCAGAUGCUUUGAAGGUGCACUGGUAGGUUGAUGGUCACCAGCUGGGCUCGCUCAUGGAGGAGGAGCACUCAGACAGCAACGGGGGGGUGAGGCAAGGAUGGGGGGGCAUCAUGCAUCUCCAGAACAACCUGGACCGUGGCCCCUGCCCCACAUCGUCCCUCUCCGACGAGAAUCAGAACAGGCUGACGGAGAACGGGCAGGACGAAAUGGACGGCAGCCUGCAGACUGGCUGGACGCCGUCUCAGCAAGACUCUGAGAACAACAACGAGGAAGAAGACCGGCAGGCUGUCAGGCUGCUGGACAACUAUGGCGAGCCCCUAGCAGAGACACUGAGGGCUGAAACGCCGGACUCACCACAACACAGCACAUGGCUCACCAUCCAGACUGGGAGCAAUGAAGCUGUCUCUGAGAGAUUCCCCCCUGUGGGUCCAGCUGACAGUGUGUCCAGCUGCCUUGACCAGACCUCUGGCAGCACCCGUGGCGGUGAGCCACUCGUACCCAGGCCCAGCCCCUCCCCGGUGGCCUUUCUGCAGGACCUGGUGGAGCGUUCGGAUUAUACCCUGCUUCCACAGUGCCUGCACCAGAUUGCAGAGGAUUUCUUCCUUGAAGAAAACUAUGAAUGGGCAGUCCAGUUUCUCAAGCUGGAGAGAGACUACCACCAGCGGCUGCUGUCCAACCUCGCCCGGCUUCAGGAGCAGUGGGAGUCUCGCCAGAAGGGAGGCAGCCCAGCCGGGACUAGCUCCACGGGGACGCUGGGUGCUGGGCUGGAGGCGGCCCACAUGGAGAUGCUGAGGCGGAUCUGCAGGACACACCAGCGAUCUACACUCCGAGACAAGAAGUGCAUAACUGUGGACAAAGCUCUACGGGACAGCCUGAUCUCCAGGAAGCCAGCUCUGGAGAGGAAGCCGAACACGGUGCCACUUUCAUGCUGCUCAGACAGCAGCUCUGAGUCACCAGGGAGGACCGGGGUACUUAGAAUGGAGGAUGCAUCCGUAACACAGCAUGCUGUAGACAGCACAGACCUUGUAUUGCAGCAGGAAGCCAGUUCAACUUCCACGCUUCACCACUGGGAGGAGAUGCUGCACUCUGCCACAGUCAUUCCCGCGUCGAAUAAGACUGGCAGGCAUUGUCCGGAUGAUUCUGUGAGUGUAGGCGGGGUGGCCAUAGCGGAGUCACCAAACAACGCAAGACUUGAUGCCACCUUGGGAAGCCUGCUGACUGACAGCUCCUUGCAUCCUGAGGAGGCGGAGGAGAACCAGACGGACCUCGUAAGGGAUCUCCCAGAGUCUGUCCAGCGGGUAGAGGGAUGUGACACAUGGAGGACCUCGGGGCCGGCAGAAGCCAGUCAGGACGGGGCCCCUGAGACGGGGGAGGUGGCAGCUGCUGGAGACGAGGACGAGGGAGGGGCAGCCGCUGGCCCGAGUGGCGAGAUGAGCUCAGCAGGACCCAACUGGCUGGGAGAGGAGAAGGAAGAGACUGGCUCCAGCAUGGAGCCCACAUACAGCGAGGAGGCAGAAGGUGGGGAGGAGAAGCCAGAGAUCGUGGAAGUGGAGGUGUCAGAGGAGUCCAACGAGCUGGAGGACAAUGGUUACGGGGUGGAUGUGGCGGGGGACGGACAGGCGGAGGAGGCAGGAGAAGCACCGCAUGAUUCACUGGAUGACUUGGCCAAACGCAUUCAGGUGGAGGAGAUCACGCCUGCCUCAGGUCUGGUUUCCAUACUGAAGAGGAGAACUUCCCCAGAAGUUAUCUCCGCCCCCGCACCUCCGAAGCAGACCUCUAAGCGUAAAGUCCGAUUCAGGGAGCCGGAUGAGGUACCAGACCAAGAUGAGGUGGGAAGUGACUCCUGGCUGUUGCUCCUCCUCCUGUGCUUGGCCACUGUGGUGAUCAGCGUGGGGGGGACGGCCCUCUACUGCGCCCUGGGUGACGUCCAGUCCAGUGUGUGCACGGACUUCUCCCGAAACGUGGACUUCUACUUCAGUCAGGCACAACGCGGCCUGGACGAGCUCAGGCACUGGCUGUCUCCUGGCCCCUUGUAGGGGGUGGGCAUUGUGCCCUGUGUUCUGCGGGGCAAGGAGCAGCAAGACAGGAGGUUGGGGCACAAUGUCUCUCUUUUUUUAUGUCUUAAUAUGUCUCCUUUUCGGCCUGUUUUCCCUUCUCCAUCUUACCCCCUCUCAGCGCUGUUGGAUUUUCUGUGUAUUUGGAUGUUAUUCCCCCCCCCCCCCCCCCAUGUGAAGUUGGAGGUUGAUAAGCUGUAAAAUCUACCAAGGCCAAAGCUGGCCUUUUAGCUCCAGGGCUGCGGUGAGUCCCAGCCCUAAAGCCACAGUGAUGCUCAUCAAGCACGAAAUAGAAUCUAGAACAGGUUCGAUUCCCUUUAGUUGCUGGUACUCGGGGCUGGCUUGUUGGUUUGUCUGCUGGAAUAUAGCGGACCGUGUGCUCAGGGCCGGCCCAACCCUUUUCAGGGCCCUAAGCAAAAUUUGAUUAACCUAGUUGUCAUUUGCCAUCUUCCAUCCCAUCCUGACAGACUGAUUGGAUGGCGGCGCCCCCUGGUGGGCGAUGAACCCUCAUUGGCCACUUUGUCCGUUAUGCCUUGAACAGGCCCUGCACAUGGUCAUAUAUUGCACAGCCUCAGUAGAGACCGCAGUGAAGUUGCAGUCCCACAAGGGGGCGCAGUGGCACCUCCAUGAUUUAAGAGUCGGGCUCCAUGUUUAGUGCCACUACUGUUCAUGAUCAACUAAAAAGACCUGCAGUGGGAAAGAAAUCACAUAGAUUUUUUUAAAAAUCUUUUAAUCUGGGAUUUUAUUUAAGGUUGUUGCUUGUGCUCUAUUGUGUUCCUCUUUUUGGAGGGUCAUUGCUGUACUGAAAAAUAGGGAAGUGAGAUGUAGCUUCUGUGUUCGGGGCUGGAUUUUCGUACAAAUUAGGAGGCAGUGAAAAGAGCACUAUAGUCCUCUGAAUGCAGUCAGCUCUGACAUUAGGAGGCACACAGCAAAAGCUCAAAGCUCAGGCAUACGUCCACUUUCUGUGUUAUUUUAGCUGGUAUAAUUGCUGUCAUUCUUUUCAGCACAUGUACGACGUGCAUUACCUCUCAGUGGACUGGCUUAUUUUUUUUCUUUUUAAUUAGGGUUAUUUCGAUGUUUUUCCUUCUGUUUUCAAUCUGUUCACAAUGGUGUCUUGCGUCGCAGUAAGUGCAGCGAUUCUGUGCAGCACAUUUCACUCGGGGAACAGAAACUCUCUCCUUGAAGACCAGUGCAAGCAGCUGGGCCCUGUGACGAUGCAAGGAAGCUCGGUGUAGAAGCCAAGGGUGUGUUGCAGGCGGAAGCGCCUAGACAUGAAUCCAUCCCCAAACAGCCACAGAACCUUGCUAUACCUUAUUCUUUCUACUUUUUGUGUCUUCUGGCUGGCUCAGGUGAUACUCUUGCAUAAUAAUUUUUGAAACAAAGUAUUUAUUUUCGGUAAAACCCAAUAAGAAAAUAAAUAAAUACAUUUAGCUUUUUUUGUAUUACUUUGACAUGUGAUAUAAUUUUAUUUGACCCAUUUUGGCCUUAAUAGACAUAUUACAUGUGCAGUUUAACCACUUAAAUCAUGCCAGUAUCAUACAAAUUUUCUUAUUUAUUAAUUUUUUUUUUUUACAGUGUAUUUCAGUGUACAGUAAUGUAUCACAUUGUUUAAAUUCAUCAUGAUUUUUGUCUUUUAAAGUUUUUAAAGACCUGUAAAGAUAUAUGAACUAAUUUGUAAGUUAACAUAUUUUAUUAUGAAUUCCCCUAUGGACACUAAAUAUUAUUGUUCAAAUAGUUGAAUGAUUUGCUUUUAAGUCAAAGCUCUUAAUGUUUAGGCCCACUCUGUGUCUGUGGGCUUUGUAAGUUUUUUGCUUAACUUAAAUCAAAAUUUUAUCAAUGUAAUUGUUGGGCAGAAGUAGACAGCCUAAUUGCAUUUUCAAUUAUCAGUCAGGUGCUUGAAUUGUCCUCUAAAAUCUGCAAGACUGAACCCCUUUCAGGAUCACACCUGGGUGUUCUCAAGACACAUUUAAAACCUUAUAAUAAGUGCUGUAUUUAAAAUUGCUUUUAAAACAAAAUUUUGGCUAAGACGCGGAUAUUAGCUCCUUAGUUGUGCACCGCAAUGUUCAGUUUUUCGGUCCAAUAAGCUUUUCAUGAACUGUGCCACUUUGAAAAUGAAGACUAGAAUGAGACCUCCUCUUGUUUCCUGCAUCUGCUGCCCUCUUGCUAUGCCUCAUGGUGUUGCAUCCUCUCAGGUACUACUAUUUAUAAUUGGCAUGUUUGAUAUCUUUUUUUUCUUCCAUUUUCUUUUCUUAUCUUGUUCUGCACCUUGGCGCUGUAUUCAUGUCAGAAAUGUACCGUAAAAAUCUUCCAGUGUAUCCAUGGAAUGUCUGGGAUUUCCAUAUACUGUGUGUCCACUUUAUCAGAAGAAAAAUAAGCUUUCUCCAGUCACUUUCCUCAGCAGCUGUUUCAUUCUGAAAGCUUCAAAUGUGAGUUGAAUUCUACUUACUGGCAGACAAAACUUUUAAUGCAGAAAAACAAAUGGAAAGACAUAAACUACAAGAGCCUGAAAUGUACUUUCUUAAAUUUACACCAUACCGUCUAACAAAUGUACGUGAUGUAACUGUCUCAGGAGGGACAGACAGAACUUUGCUGUCUCAAUAGGUUUCUGAUCCAAGUGCUUAAGAUUAUUCAUCUGAAUGCCAGUGGAUCUCGGAUAGCAUCGGUGCAUCUUUCUCAGUCUUUACUAACUUUUUUGGGAAAUGGCAUCAUCGUGUGUUAGUGUGUGCGAGCAUGUGUGUCUAUUAAUAUUUUAAUGGAAGAUACACACACUUAAUUUGAAUAACCUACGAGAACUAUGUGUGCAAUGCACGAUGAAUAAAUGAUGAAAGUUUAUUGAAUGAUGUUUAAUACUGUUUAUUUGAAUCACAAUUGUCUUUGUCUGAAGGGCUCACGUUGUGCAAAUCGCAUGAUUUUAAUGUUUAGAACACAGUAACUGUUACAUUUAUGCUUUGUGUUAUGUUUCAGUGUAAUGCCUUUCAUAAACGUUUUACAGGAGUAAUAGGCAACGCCUAUCUUCUUAAGUCUGACUUCUUAUGGGCUUCUUAGGGAAAGUAAGGUGAAAUCAAUAUAUUUAUUUAUAAUGUUCAUCUGUGUAAAAAUGUUACGUUCCUGAGGGGAAAGUGUUCGUCUCUCGAUCAUUUGAGUUUUACAUGUAUUAAUUGCUGAUGCAAAAAGAAGUUCUCUUACGUGAAAUGCUAUGUGUCAGAUAUUUGCAGGCAGAAUAUGUGCAUGCAGUCGAUUGUCAUUCUCUGUGCCACUUUUAAGAGAAUAACAAAAAUGCAAAUUUGGACUUGAAAUACUGUACAAUGCAGAGGCAAAACAUACUGUGCAGGGAGUAAUUCACAUUGGACUAAAGUUCAAAUUAAUCAGAUAUAAAACCCUCAGGAAUUGGCUCCAUAUCUGAUAAUCCUAUUCAUGACCUGCUCAACUGCCGUGACAUUUCAUCAAACUUGUUUUACUUAUGACCCUCCUUUCCCUCUAAUGAAUAACAGGUGGAUCGGUCACGUUCACUCUUAUCAACUAACACUCAUUAUGACUUUGCACCUUCCAGAAAUCUACAUAUAUUUUAUAAACCUUUUCCCUCAAGAAGAUUUAAAACAAGAUUUAAAGCAAGAGGCGACCAAAUGCCCAUGUCACAAAACGUACUGGCUCACGUGUGUAUAUAUGUACAUUUACCAAUGAGGGGUAAAGUCAAUUCUGUGCUGUAUGUAUAUUUUGUACGUUGUAAUGUGUUGAACAAGUUGCUACAUGUUUGUCUUAAUGCUGCACACUGCCUAAAGACAACUGCUCUUACUUGGAUACCGCAUGACGACAGUGGGCAAAGGGAUGCUCUCUUCAGAUAUAGCUAUGGAUUGCUUAUUUUAAUGGUCCGUAAUAAUUCAUUUUGGGGAAGUAUCAGCAGAAAUUGAAUUCAUGUCCAGUCUUUUUCCACAGUUAGAAAUGAAUAGGUUUACAGGUUUGCGUCCGUCGUGCACCUAUUUUAAUUCAAGGUUACCUCCUAUAACGUUUCUUCUUUGAAUGUCUGAAAUAGUAGGGAUUGUGACAGUUUGUUCAGAACCAGUUUGGCCCAUCAAGCUGAUCCCUGCUGAGAUGAGAUUAGAACAUGCACACAUUUUGGUCCUCAAGGAAUAGCUGUGUACCUGUGUGUACACUCUCUUUUCAGACAAUACUGUCAUUUUUGUAGGUGAAAUAUUUUGUAAAUAGGCAACUAAAUAAAUUUUCUUUAAAUUGUUUA